AUGGAUUUAUUACUUGUUUUUUACAUUUUAUGUGGUAUCACUAGUUUCUCAUUAGCAUUUUUUAUUAAUAACAAAAUAUACAAUAGCAAUAAUAAUAACAAUUACAAUAGCAAUAACAUGAGAAACAACAAUAAUAGCACCCACACUCAAGACCCACACCCAAUUAAUAAUGAUUUAAAUGUAGAAUUAACCCCUAAUCAUCAAGACCCACCAAACGCCUCUACCUCUGCACAAUCAACCUCAGUCUCUGAACCAUCGGCAUCAGUAUCAGCAUCAUCUGCACCUGCUUCAUCUGUUUCAGCACCUGCAUCAGAACCUGCAAUAUCUGCAUCUGCACCAUCUGCAUCAUCUGCACCACCUGCAUCAGAACCUGCAAUAUCUGCAUCUACACCAUCUACAUCAUCUGCACCAUCUGCACCAUCUGCACCACCACCAUAUGCAACAAUAUCUACAUCAUCUACAUCUGCACCUGCACCAAAUGUAUCUGCAUCAGUAUAUGCACCAUCUGAACCAGCAUCAUCUGCACCAGCAUCAUCUUUAUCAGCAUCAGAAUCUGCAUUAUCUGCCUCUGCUCAAAGACCAAUCCCAUUCAUCCAGCUAAUUUGUCAGCAACCCCAACAUCAACAUCCACAACAAUCACAACAACAAAUCCCAUUCAUCCAACGAAUUAGCCAGCAACCCCAACCACAACAACCACAACAAUCACAACAACCAAAAAAAUCACAACAACCAUUUCCAAAGCAACCAAUUCCACAACAACUAUCACAACCACCACCAAACACACAUUUUAUUGAUCAUAAUGUUCAAUAUUAUGAAUCUAUGAAUAUUGACUCUGGGACAGUCAAUACUCAUCAACCACCAGAAGAUAAAGCUAUUAAACGUUUAAAUGAACGUUUGGAGCUCUACAGUUUAGAGAACAGUAGAGUUAUCCCAGGUGAUGGCAAUUGUCAGAUGCAUGCCCUAUCUGACCAAAUUUAUGGCGAUUUAAACCAUAGUAUGGAAAUUAGAAUAGCUAUUGUUACAUGGCUCAUAAAAAAUAAAAACUUAACCCUUUCAAAUGGUGCAAAAUUAUACCAAUUUGCCAAUGCCACUAGUUGGUAUAAAUACUGCAUCCAAAUGGCAAGAAGGGGUACAUGGGGAGACCACUUAACAUUACUCGCCGCUGCUGAAAUUUUCAAAUCUCAAAUUUCCGUUAUUUCAUCAGUUGAAUCUAACAGCAGCUUUUUCAUUGAAAUCACUCCACGUUCAGUUGAAAACUCUAGAGAAAUUAUUUUGUCUCACCAUGCAGAACAACACUAUGGUUCUUUACGCCAAAUUUUAUAA